AUGGAGGAUAAAUUCGCCACCGCUCAUGUAGGAGAAAAGAAGGCUGAAGCUAGGGUCAACGACAUCUUCGCCAUCAAGAAAACGAGUAAGGAUGGGACUGCCAAAUGUGUUAGAAGGAAUGGUAGUCGUAGCCUUCCAAAAUGGGUUAAACAUGAACGGAUCAAAGGCAACCAAAAAAUUGCUCAACAGACUCAUGAAGUAACCCCCACCACAUGGGAAGAGAUUCACAACGCCUACUGCGCCGAGGUGAGGGCAGACGAAGACGAUCUAAACGGCCUAACCCAGCGGCUGACGUUAGUUCAGACCGAGGCAAGGAGAGAUCGACGUAACGAUGGGCGAAGGGAUCAACCCCCGCGUCUGAAUCGAGAAAGGCAUCAGCCUUAUGUCAGAACAACUAACCCGCCUCCUCCAAGAGAUAGCAUACGCACUGGAGAAACUAGGCACGAAGGUACAAUGGCCACAAAAAUGAGAUCGGACCCAAGCGCGAGAAGAUCAAACGUCCUCUGCGAGUUCCAUCAGGAAAGAGGACACAAGAUCGAAGAUUGCAUAGGUCUACGACAAGAGGUGGUUAGGAUGUUGAACCAGGGGUACCUGAAAGAAAUGAUCAGCGAUAAAGGAAGGGCUAACUUCGCCAGAGGACGUGACCCAUCUCAAGGACUCCCAAAGCCACCAUCACCAGCACAUACCAUACAGAUGAUCAUUGGCGGUGGCGACCAUUCAGUAAUCAACCAUGUGAAGCUCACCACCACACACAAACUCAAACGGACGGUCGCCCACGAAUGGUAUGACGACUUCGAAGACUGUAUCAUCUUCAAAAAGUCAGAUGACGAAGGUUUGUCUUUCCCUCAUUAUGAUGCUUUGGUUAUAACAUUAUGCAUCGUUGAUACAGACGUGAAAAGAAUCAUGGUAGAAGACGGAAGCGAUGUAUGUAUUAUCCACCUGAGAGUUCUCGUGCAAAUGAGGCUCAAGGAUAGAAUAAUACCACGUUGCAUAACACUAACGGGUUUUAACAAUGCAGUAGAGUGGGCAUCCGGGAAAAUAGCGCUGUUAGUCCUAGCGGGGGGGAGUCAUGCUGGAAACCACAUUCCACGUCAUGAACCAGGAAACAGCCUAUAA